AUGACACCUCCAGGGGGCUAUUUAGCCCUGCCUGGCCUCCCCAGGGCCAGCCGGCGCUCCCUGACCGCCCGACCCGACCGCUCGCGGUACCGCGCGCUGCCGACGCGGCCUACACCUGCUGCGCGUCUCCGCGGUCAUCCCAGCCACCGGGUCGACAAAUCGAACCGGCAGUCUUCGGGGCAGCACCUGCAGCCAGCGACCAACAGCUUCCAGCAGCCCCUGGAAGGCGGUGCUGGCUCGGACACCGUCGGCGACCUCCAGAGCACCCUCCCGGCAGGAGGAGGGACCGUCGUGGGCGACCGGUCCGUCACCCAGUUCAGCUGUGACGGCCGGCCGUACGGCUACUACGCCGACAUGGAGACUGGCUGUCAGGUGUUCCACAUCUGCACCCCGGUUCUGCAGACCAACGGAGCCCAGCAGAUGCUCAAACACAGCUUUUUCUGCAACAACGGCACGGUGUUCGACCAGCGAACUCUGAGCUGCCGCGUCACGCCGGCCGCCAUGCCCUGCGACCAGUCGGAGCAGCACUACGCCUCUGUGGACUUCUUCACGAGCUACAACUACUUCGACCGGCUGAGACAGGACCAGGAGCAGCGUGACCGGCAGACUGGUCAGCAGCAGCAGCGGCUAGACACACUGCAGGACCUGGAGCGUCUGGAGGCGCAGCUGGCUUGAACCGAACCGCUGUGCAUUUGACCUGACUUUGUCUAUUGGAAGGGGGCAUUGGCGCGCUGUUGUAUCGUCCGUAGACGACUGCUGACAGAUCGGAAUGAUCGUGGAUAGUGAAUAAGCGAUACUUUGACAGCUUCCUCACGCCAUGUAAGUGUUGAGCUUAUGCUGUCACUGUCAAUUCAAACGACGCAUUUAAAGAAUAGAAAACUUGCUAAGUGUUUUAUCAAGGAAAGCACUUGAGUCUAGCCAUCCUGCUUCGCGAGAAGGUUUUUAGAUUAUCGCUUUGAAUACGUUAGCUUGCUGCGUUCAAUAUGUCAAGUACACGUCCGCAUGUAUCCUUGGCUCCACGAUGUCAUUUCCUGAGAAAAUAUGUGAGAUAUAGCGCUGAUUGCGGUAUCAAUGUCGCAUUCAGCAUGGCGAGAAUACACAGCAACCAUGUUC